UCCAGUACCUUCCAAACCAACCUCGAACUGCUUAAAUAGCGUUCCUCAGCAUGCCAUCGUCCCCAGACUUCAUUCUUUUCCUGAUCCUCCACAUCAGUUUCAAAAACUCUCCAUAGCCCUUCAGUUUUAGAUAUCUCAGAAUAUUCAAGAAUGGCAGAAAAAAGCAAGAUUUUGAUCAUUGGUGGAACAGGAUACAUUGGCAAGUUUAUAGUUGCGGCCAGCACUAAGGCUGGUCAUCCAACCUUUGUACUGGUUAGAGAAUCUACUGUUUCUGAUCCUGUUAAGGGAAAACUUGUUGAAGGCUUCAAGAACUCUGCGACUCUUGUUCAUGGUGACUUGUAUGAUCAUGAAAGUUUAGUGAAGGCCAUAAAACAGGUGGAUGUGGUCAUAUCAACUGUUGGUAACGGACAAUUGAAUGAUCAGAGGAAGAUCAUUGAUGCAAUUAAAGAAGCUGGAAAUGUCAAGAAAUUCUACCCUUCAGAGUUUGGAGUUGAUGUGGAUCGCCAAAAUGCAGUUGAGCCUGCCAAGUCUGCAUUUGCAGGAAAGUCUCAGAUUCGUAGAGCUACUGAGGCAGCAGGGAUCCCUUACACCUAUAUCUCGUCUAACGCUUUUGCUGGAUAUUUUCUUCCAACCUUGUUACAGCCAGGAGCCACUGCACCACCACGAGAUAAAGUUGUCGUCUUGGGAGACGGAAAUGCUAAAGCUGUUUUUAAUGAAGAACAUGACAUUGGUACUUUCACCAUCAAAACUGUUGAUGAUCCAAGAGCAUUGAACAAAGUUGUCUACAUUAGGCCUCCUAAGAAUAGUGUAUCAUUUAAUGAGUUAGUGGCAGUAUGGGAGAAGAAGAUUGGUAAAACUCUGGAGAAAGAAUAUAUUCCUGAGGAACAACUCCUGAAGAACAUCCAAGAGGCUCCAAUUCCGCUCAAUGUUAUAUUAUCAAUUAACCAUGCAAUUCUGGUAAACGGUGAUACUACCAACUUUGCAAUUGAGCCAUCUUUCGGUGUAGAGGCUUCAGAGCUUUAUCCUGAUGUCAAGUACACCACUGUCGAGGAGUACCUUGAUCGAUUCGUCUAAGAAGUUCAUUAGUCUUCUGAUUGAUAUGGUCAUGGCCUGGAAUAAUUGGCUGAUAAACUUGGUCGAAGACUUUGUGUUGAAUGUCUUGUAAUGACCUUUGUUAAAUUCUUCUGCAACAUUUGAUUUUACUAAAUGUAUUAUCACCAGUUUAAAAAAUAGUUUCUGCCCUUUGUGGGAAUGAGGUUGUAACAAAACGAGUUGUUUUCCUUUUUCUGCAAUGCUUGUACCACAUCUCCUUGCAACUCAUUUUAUAAGCAUGUCAAUCUUGUGAA